AUUUUUUUCCAUGCAUAUCACCUGCAUCAGAUCCCUCUACUCCCCUGCCACGCGCCUUCAAAUACCGUCCUCCUCUUCCUCAAUCAGACAUCCAACACGUGUCCCCACAUAUUUCGAAUUCCAAUUUUACCCCCACAUACUCCAAACACCACCAAUCGGUCCCCUGCACGCAUCCGCAGGCAACCUCACCUCCACCCACCAAUAAUUGAUCAUUAUUCGUUUCCGCAUAAAUCCCAUCUGUAUUCUCGCUGGCCAAAAAAGCCGUCUCCUUAAUCUCCUCCCCACUAAAAUCCUCUUCCGCCGCCGCCGCGGCUUCCUCCGCCCCCCGUACCAAAAACCCUCCAUGCUAUAACCUCCCCGGCGGUCGAAGUUAUCGAAAUGAAAAGGGAAAAAAUGCGCCGCGCCCUGGCCCUACUCGCCGCCGUCCUAAUCUGUUCAUCGCUGCCGGCGUUCCCGGCUUCCGACGAGCCCUCCGGAUCGUCGAUAUACGAGGUCCUGAAAAGCCACGGCCUGCCGAUGGGUCUUCUCCCCAAGGGGGUCAGGAAUUUCAGCUACGACAACUCCGGCAAGUUCCAGGUCCACCUGGAUCGCGCCUGCAACGCCAAGUUCGAGGACGAGCUUCAUUACGACAUGAACGUCUCCGGCACGAUCCGGUACGGUCAGAUCGAUGGGCUGUCGGGGAUUUCGGCGCGGGAUUUGUUUCUGUGGCUGCCUGUGAUUGAAAUCCGGGUGGAUAUCCCCAGCUCCGGGUUGAUUUACUUCAAUGUGAGCGUGGUCUCGAAGCAGUUUUCUCUGUCUUCUUUUGAGACUCCGAGAGAUUGUCUGGCGGUUCCUGGUCCGGGUUCGGAUUUACAGGCCGGGCCGGGUAUAGCAGAGUCUGCUUCUAAAGAUUUUUUGGGUUUUUGGAGCAAUACUUAUGAGACAUGCUUAAUUGCCUCUGAUUUUGGCUGCAUUGUGUUAGCUCCCGAAAACCUUAACCUUUCAGUUAGCAUUGUUUUCAAAAUUUUCACUCAUAUGAUUGAAAGAGCUGAUUUAAUGUUCUUUUUAUCAGAUUCAGUUGGGGAGGCUCAGAUACAAGAUCUGAGGAGAGACUCUGCUCUAGAAGAUCUUAUUUCUUUGUGUUCUGGUUUUUGUGCUCGUGAGUUGCAUUUCAUAGUGAUGAUGAGUCCACAGAGUAGUCAUGCCAAAAUCCUCUCCAACAACGCCAAGUCAUGUGGGCCCCUCCAAAGGGUUGGUCGAGAAGAUAGAGAGAUAUCAUCUGGCACUAGCAGCCUACUGACUUUCUUUUGCUUUGAUUACAGUGAAUGCUAUGAUCUUUUACUUCAGGACGAAGGAUCUGAUGCUAUUUUCUUGAUCUGA